AUGCAAAAGGUCAUGAGAAUCAAAGGACAUCAGAACACGUCCUUCGAUGUGACAGCAUCCGACUCCAUGAGACAGAAAAGCAAAUUCCUCGAAAUCAGUGCCUCUUUAAAAGGCAGCUUCUUGCUGGGACUAGUGAGUAUUGAAGGCUCAGCUAGUUUUCUGAAUGACAGACUUUCUUCGACCCGCCAGUGCAGGGUGACAAUGCAAUACAAGGAGACCACACAAUUCAAAGAACUCAUUGCCACCGACAUGGAGAUCAAGCAUCCGGAGAUCUUUGAGAGGAAUGAGGCCACGCACGUGGUUACUGCAGUGCUCUACGGCGCCGAGGCCUUCAUGGUUUUUGACCAGAUGGCCUCCGACUAUCAGGAGAAAAAAGAAAUCAAAGGCACCCUGAAGGCAAUGAUCAAUAAAAUUCCCCUGCUUCAGUUGUCAGGUGAGGGAAAAGUGGCCAUGACUGAGGAGGACAAACGCAAGGCACGAAAGUUCAGCUGCAAGUUUCACGGCGACUUCAAACUGAAAGAGAACCCCUCAUCAUUCGAAGAGGCUGUGAUUGUGUACAAGCACCUUCCUUCCCUGCUGGGGCAGAAAGGAGAGGCUGCCGUGCCCAUGAGGGUCUGGCUGUACCCCCUGAACAACCUGGAACCAAAGGCCGCCAAGCUAGUGCGAGACAUCAAUGCGUCCGCGGUGUCAAUGCUUGAGUUGAUUUUAGAGCACCUCCAUGAGGCUAAAAUGAGAGCACGUGACCUGAUUAAGCUGAGCAAGAACAUGAGCCUAACAGUGCUCCGAGACAAACUGGAGAGCUUCCAGAACAUGCGUGCAGAGUACACCAUCAUCUUUAAACGGAAACUGAAGGGGGUGCUGCCGGAGAUCAGAGGGGGGACAGUUGCCGAGACGGCCUUCACCGAUAUCCUGAGGUUCCACGAAGAGUCGUCCUUCUCCAAGAUAAAAAUGAGGGAGUGGCUCAACGAGAAAGAAACUGAAAUCACCAUCGUCCAGUCUUACAUCAGCCUACUCGGCAGCACCUCACUGGUGCCACCAGGCCCAGAGCUGGACAAAGUCCUGUAUCAUCCGAAAGUGGACACGGUGGUCAUGUUCAGCUUCACCUCGCUGGAGUACCCUGAACCAUACCUCUCCAACCUAGAAGGGUGCCUGAACUGUGAGGACUUUGCCAAAAUGGCCGACGUGAACGUUGCUCUACAGAAGACAUUCUCGAAGAACACUGUGCCCUGGUAUGAGUAUCCGGGAGCCAUUCCAGCCUUGCGCUCCUGCUGCCCGGUCUUCCUGGGGGUGAAGGCCCGAUGUGCGAGGAAUCCUUUGCAUGCGGCGCUGAUCAGCUACGUAACAGAUGCCUCUCACCCGGGAUCCUCUCUCCGCGUCUACAAGAAUGGGAAGUGCAUAAACCCCCACCUGAAACCGCCAGAGAAGCACGAGGAGUGUGAGAUGGCGGUUAGUGAAGGCGAUGGGUUAACAAGCCACCAGAGAGAAGGGAGCGCCACUAAAGAACAGGAGGAUCUUCUGAGCUUUGAUGAUUAA